AUGGAGGUUGAGCUGCCAGUAUCCAGGGCCGAGGUCGACCCGGACAAAAAGGCCAAGGAGAACAGUAGCGCGGCUGGCAACCAUGGAGAUGCUCAAAUGAAUGGCAUGACUAAUGGUUACGAACACAAAAAAGAGCAUAAGUCUGAGUAUAAAGAAAAGGAUAAGGAACGGAGUCACAAGUCUGAACAUAAGGAUAAAGAAAGGAGUAAAGAUAAAGAAAAGAGUCAUAAAAGCGAACAUCGGGACAAGGAUCGUCAUAAGGACAAGCACAGCUCAAGUUCCUCUAAAGAUAAGAGCAAAGAGAAGCACAGUAGUAGUAGUAGUAAAGAUAAAGAAAAAAGUAGGGACAAGGAUAAAGAGUCCAAGGACAAGAAGAGUAGUUCUUCGAGUCGAGACAAAGACAAAGAGCACAAGAGCUCAUCUGUUAGUUCUAAUCGUGACAAGGAGAGAAGCAAAGACCAUAAAUCAAGUUCCAGCUCUAAAGACAAAGACAAACACCAUAGCAGUAGCUCAAAAGAUAAAGAAAGAAAUAAGGAUAAAGAUAAGGAAAGACACAAAGAUCGGCACAGUUCUUCACAAAGUUCCUCUCGUGACAAGGAUAAAGAAAAAGAGAAGAGCUCUAAGGAUAAAGAAAAAAAGCAUUCCUCCGAUAAGGACAAGGAACGUCAUUCCAGCUCUCACUCAAGUGAAAAGCACAAAGAGAAAAGUUCCCCCGAAAAAGACAAGAAAGACCGUGAUAAGCAUCGGCAUGAUAAAGAAAAAUCUAAACAUCGUGAUGAAAAGGAAAAGAAGGAAAAAAUUAAAGAAGAGCCUAAGAUAAAAGAAGAACUUGUAAUCAAAGAAGAGUCUGAUUUACAAAUUAAGUCUGAAGUUAAAAUUGAAGUUAAAGUGCAACAAGAAUCGUUUAAAGAGGCAGAUGACGAUUAUGAUAGCGGAGAUGAUAGCCAACGUCUAUACAUCAAAGAAGAAGAUGAAGAAAUGAAAGAAGAAAAUAGCUUAGAUUCAACUGCUGACACUAGACUUUCUGAAAUGUACAAUAGUACCAUGAAAACUGAAGAAGAGUCUGAUGAAGAUAAGCCAUUGUCUAGUAGAUCAACACCAGGUACAAAGAGAAAGGCUUUGUCAGAUAGUGAUGAUGAUAUUCCCUUGGCAGCUCGAAAAAAACCCAAAAAAGAGCCUGUAUCUAAAAAGAAAAGGAAGAAGAAGGAUAGUGAAGAUGAAGAUGAUUACGAAGAGCCUGAAGAGAAACCGAAAAAGAAACGAAAACCAAAUGCAAAAGAAAAUAAUACGUCUACAUCGUCACAACCAAGUCCUAAAAAGAAAAAAAAAGAAGAAGAAGAACAAGAAGUUUGGAAAUGGUGGGAGGAAGAAAAGAGAGAUGACGGAACCAAGUGGCAUUUCUUGGAACACAAAGGACCCGUAUUUGCACCGCUAUACGAACCACUACCCAGUAGUGUUAAAUUUUAUUACAAUGGCAAAGAAAUGAAAUUGUCUAUAGAAGCUGAAGAAAUUGCCACCUUCUACGGUAAAAUGUUGGAACAUGAUUAUACAACAAAACAAGUGUUCAAUGACAACUUCUUCCACGACUGGCGUGAGGUCAUGACAGACUCUGAACGAUCCAAGAUCACUGAUUUGAAGAAAUGUAACUUUACAGAAAUUAACAAGUAUUUUACCCAGAAAAGCGAGGAGCGUAAGGCAAUGUCUAAAGAAGAAAAAAAGGCUAUUAAAGAACAGAAUGAAGAGAUUCAAAAGGAAUAUGGUAUUUGCACAAUUGACGGUCACAAAGAAAAAAUAGGUAAUUUCAAAAUAGAACCACCAGGUUUGUUCAGAGGUCGUGGAGAACAUCCUAAAAUGGGAAAACUUAAAAAGCGAGUUGUACCAGAAGAUGUUUUGAUCAACUGCUCCAAAGACUCGUUAAUCCCUAAACCUCCACCCGGUCACAAGUGGAGAGAAGUCAGGCAUGAUCCCACUGUAACUUGGUUGGCUUCCUGGACUGAAAAUGUUCAGGGCCAGGUCAAAUAUGUCAUGUUAAAUCCUUCAAGUAAACUUAAAGGUGAGAAGGAUUGGCAAAAGUAUGAGACUGCUAGGAAACUUGCUAAAUCUGUAGAUAAAAUUAGGUCAACUUACCGCGACGACUGGAAGAGUAAAGAGAUGAGAGUUAGGCAAAGGGCUGUUGCAUUAUAUUUCAUUGACAGGCUCGCUUUGAGAGCUGGUAAUGAGAAAGACGAGGAUCAAGCUGACACAGUCGGUUGCUGCUCCUUGCGCGUGGAACAUAUCAAAUUACACGAAGAAAUGGAUGGAAAAGAAUUCGUAGUUGAAUUUGAUUUCUUAGGUAAAGACUCAAUUCGAUACUAUAACAAAGUACCAGUCGAAAAACGCGUUUUCAAGAGUCUUCAACUCUUCAUGGACAACAAAGCACCAAGCGAUGAACUUUUCGAUCGUCUUAAUACUACAAUUAUGAACAAACACUUAAACGAAUUGAUGGAAGGUCUUACUGCCAAAGUGUUCAGGACUUUUAACGCAUCCUGGACACUGCAACAACAGUUGGAUAAGCUUACUGAUCCUGAUUCGACGGUAGCUGAAAAAAUUCUAUCCUACAAUAGAGCGAAUCGUGCUGUCGCGAUAUUGUGUAACCAUCAGCGAGCUGUUCCAAAAACUCACGGUAAAUCCAUGGAGAAUCUAAAAGGCAAGAUUGAUGCAAAGAAGGAAGUUAUUGCUGAAGCGGAGAAAAAUAUCAAAGGAAUGAAGCAAGACGCAAAACGUGGCUCUGUUAAAGAAAAAGUGUUGUAUGAGAAAAAAAAGAAGCAAUUGGAAAAACUCAAAGAGCAGUUACAUAAAUUAGAACUUCAGGUCACAGAUAAGGAAGAAAAUAAGGAAAUUGCUCUAGGCACCAGUAAAUUGAAUUAUCUUGAUCCUCGUAUCUCUGUUGCGUGGUGUAAGAAACACGACGUGCCAAUAGAAAAGAUUUAUAACAAGACACAGCGAGAUAAGUUCCGUUGGGCAAUAGACAUGGCAGGAGCCGACUACGUUUUUUAACCUCGCGAAUUUCGGCGACGCGCAGCAGUGCGACUACUCUCUUUAGUCAAUUUUAAUUUAGUUGAGAAGACGUCUAGAACAAUAUGAACUUUUUUCAUAAUCUAUUAAAAAAAAUUCUGCGUGCGUGAGUAAGUGUUGUACAUUGUCUAGAUAAUCAACUGUUAAAAGGAUAAUUAUCGAGAUGUAUAAUAAUCUAGGUAGUUGUCCGGAUACAUUAAAUGCAAUUUACCUUAUCUUAAUUUUCUAAGAUAAUCCUUCAAGGAAUUAAUUUGUAUAAGAUUGAUAGAUCUUUUUUUUUUUUGUAAUUGUAUUGAAAGUUGAUGUUUUCUUAUAUCAAUAAGUCAAUUUUAAAAUUUGAGACAAAAUUGUUGUUGUUGUUCAAUUUUCCUGUUUCCGUGCAUAUAAUUGAUAGAUAAAUAAAACAAAAAAUUUUUUUUUAAUUCAGUCAUGUGUAGUAUAAUUGUAGCAAACGUUCAAUUGGUCAGUACAAAAUUGAAUCAUUGUCACUCCAAUAAAUAAUGAUAUAUAUUCAAAGUUGAAAGAAAGAUCAACAUAAUUUUUAAUUACAGGUUUGUAUUCGUAGCAUAAACUAUAUAGUUACUUAAUAACCCAGGUUUUAUUGAUAAAUGCCACGAAGUGAAAGCAAACAUUAAAUUUGAAGACGUUCUUACCUAUUGUUGAAUUUAAAAAGUGGUUCAGUAUACACAUAUACAUACAAUAAACAGUAAUAAAGAUUUUUUAUAUGUAUAUAAAGUAUUAUUUCCCCUAUUUAUAACACUUUUUAUCACGACUGUAAAAAAAAUUUUCAUUAAGAUUCUAAGAUACACUCAAAUGUAGUUUUUCAUUAAGCUUCCUAAGGUUAUGGAAAUACAUUUGUACAAACGCGCUUUUUACAUCACAAACAAUGAUUUCAUACUUUUUAAGCAUUGCAUUGAAUAUACUCGUCUGAAUCAUGUAAUAUUCUCUUAUACAUAAAUACACUCAUGCAAAGUAAUUUAUCGUAUAUGUAGUAAAAAAAUAAAAUAAAAUUCUAUAAAACUAUAGAUCUUUCACUUAAGGGCCCUUACUUUUUAUGGGAUAUACUUUGAUAUUAAUAAGUAUAUAAAUUUAAAAAAGCGUGCAAAAGAAGUAAGUAUUUUGUCAGCUAUGAUUUAAAAUUAUACUUUUUACAAGUAAAUGUGUAGUCUUCAAUAGUUGAUAUUUGUUUGGUAAAUGUAACAGUGAAAAAUAUGUUUGACAAAAGCAAUAUUUUAUUCAUUCUCUUUUAGAAUUAGUAAAUUGUUUCAAACAAGGGAAGGUUUAUAAUAUAAAUUCUAAUAAAAAGUAAUUUGUAAUGAUAA